CGUCAGAGCUGGAAUGUGGCCUGUUGAAGACAGCCUGGAGAGCUGUACUGAGUUCCUGAAGAGCCCUUGGCUGCCUCCUUGGUGACCAGGAGGCAGAGAAGACAAAGAGUCCUUCACAGGGGUGGCCCCGGGGCAGGUUGAGGACAGAGGGAGGCAUAGCAGGCGAGAGCCAGGGUCCAUCCGGCCUGAGUUUUGGCUCAGUUCUGUAACUCUGCCGGGAAGAAUAUCUCUAAGCCUUGGUUUUCCCUUCUAUAGAACAAACCUAAUACUCUCCUCGUGGGCUGUGAAGCGUACACAAAGUAAUACAUGUAAAGUGCCUGGCACAGGCCCAACAGAUGAUAGUUGCUCUUUACCAGGGGUUGGUGACCUCUGAAGGAGGACACAUUGUGGACAAAGGCUGGCACCUGGAGUCCAGAUAGUUGGUUUGGCUAUCGAGGUGAAAGGGAAAACUUGAAGAGACUAAUGAAAAAAGUUGAGAGGAUGUCUGAAGAAAAAUGAAGACACUUGAGCAACAGGGAGCAAAAAUCUGCUAAGUUCCCUUAGACAUGCAGAAUCUAGAAACUCAACAGGAAUCAGUGACCUUUGAGGACGUGGCCAUCUACUUCUCUGAGAAUGAAUGGACAAGUCUGGACCCUGCUCAGAGGACCCUAUAUACGGACGUGAUGCUGGAGAAUUAUGGGGCUCUGGCUUCCCUGGCAGCAUUUCCAUUUCCCAAACCGGCUCUGAUUUCCCAGCUGGAGCGAGGGGAAGCACCCAGCUGCUCAGCUCCUCAGGGAGCUCUGGAUGGAGAGGGCCGGAGGGGUGUCUCCUCAGGAAAUCUAUUUUUAAAGUCUACUGGGAUCUCCCAUCUUAAGCAGGUAGAACCAUUGAACCUGAAACUGCAAGGAGAGUGUUCAAGCCUAAUUUGCACUGACAGUAUGUUAAAGAGUGAGAAAGAAGAAUCUAUUCUGAAGGAGGAGAUUUUUGAGGAGGCGAAGGAUCACAUGGUCCUAUCAAGUGGACCCCAGUGGUGUGGCUCCCAGGGAUUCUGGUUUGGAAAAAUAUGUGAUGCAGAGAAAUGCAGAGUAGGGAGAUGGCCUGACUACCACAGUGGGGAAAAUGUGAAGAACAUUGCAAAUGAUAUUAUAGAAGUGAUUGUCAAAGAUGAGAUGAUCUUAGUAGAAGAGAGUUCAGAGAAUACUGACAUUAAUUCCUGCCUUGUUAUACAUCAGAAGAUGAUAAGUGAGCAGGUAUUCUAUAUAUGUGAAGAAUGUGGUGAGUGUUUUGAUCAAAAUGACUUUGAUCAACAUCAGAGAAUUCAUAAUGGAGAGAAAGUCUAUGGGUGUAAGGAAUGUGGGAAGACUUUUAGUUUUAGAUCACAAUGCAUUGCACACCGGAGAAUUCACACUGGAGUAAAACCCUAUGUUUGUCAAGAAUGUGCUAAAGCCUUCGUCUGGAAGUCAAACCUGAUUCGGCAUCAGAGAAUACAUACUGGAGAGAAACCGUUUGAGUGUAAGGAAUGUGGGAAGGGCUUUAGUCAGAACACCAGCCUUACACAACAUCAGCGAAUCCACACUGGGGAGAAACCCUAUACUUGUAAGGAAUGUGGGAAAAGUUUUACUCGGAACCCAGCCCUUCUUCGACAUCAGAGAAUCCACACAGGGGAGAAGCCUUAUGAAUGUAAAGACUGUGGAAAAGGCUUCAUGUGGAACUCAGAUCUUGCACAGCACCAGAGAGUCCACACUGGGGAGAAACCUCAUGAAUGUACUGACUGUGGAAAAAGCUUCAUUUGCAAGGCACACCUUAUCCGACAUCAGAGAAUUCAUACUGGGGAAAGACCCUAUAAAUGUAAUGACUGUGGGAAGGCCUUCAGUCAGAAUUCUGUUUUGAUUAAGCACCAGAGACGCCAUGCUAGAGAGAAACCCUACAACUAUCAAACCUCUCACCUUCUUGAACACUGAAGAAUACAUAAUGGUGAUACUUACAAUUCUUAUGCUACUGAAGAUAUUGAGAAAUGACUUGUCCACAAUUUGCUGGACCUAUAAUAGUCAGUGUUAUCUUACCCUUCUCCUGAAAAGAUCCUGAAUUUUAGUGAGACUGGCCCCUCUGUUCAGCCAUGUUCAUACUAGGCAAUAUUUAGUUGAGCACCUACACUUAGAUACCAUGGUAAUCACUUUAUAUACUUUUUGAUUUUUUCUUAAUAAUUCAAUUAAGGUAGGUGCUCAUCUCAUUUACACAGGAGAAAUCCAAGGUUGAAAAGUUUAAAAAAACUCAUUCAUGUUUACUUAUGAGUUGUAGAAUUGAGAUUAGACUCAGGCUUAUCUAACUCCAGAGUCUACUGUUUAUUUGUGUACAUUUUUACUUCUGUCCAUAAUUGUUCAAAUUUCCCUGGGCUAAAAGUUUCCCUUCCUCAUCCGAGACCCAAUUCCUUCAACUGAACAGAAGUUACUUCUUCUACUUGCAAUUGGUACUGCACAAGUUGGUAUUUAAUUAUGUCCCAUCUUAUGUUUUCCUAAUAGUCUCUUUACUGUUAAUAUUGACUCCAGAUCAAUGGCUCUUCGAGGACCGACACUGCAUAUCUUUUAUGUUUUUCAAAUUUUGAAACUUAUUUAUUAUUGACUAGAUAUCUAACAUGCUCAUGAUAAAAGAAAUUAAUUAGUUCAAAAAAUAUGUUCAGUGAAAACUAAAUGCCCUUGUCACUCCUGUAUUCCAGUCCUCCUAGAGGAGGGAGUUGUGUAUCAUUGUUACAUGUUGUGUAUCUUUCUGGAUAUAGUCUUUCUAUAUAGCUAGCCAGUCAUGUAUUGCCUAACAAUUUUUUGGUCAAUAAUGGACCACAUAUAUAAUACACUGGUGGUCCCACUUAGCUAUAGCAUAUAAACUAGGUGUUUAGAAGGCUAUACCAUCUAGGUUUGCAUAAAUGUACUCUAUGACAUUCACACAAUGACAAAAUUGCUGAAUGACACAUUUCUCAGCAUGUAUCCCAGUUGUUAAGUGACACAUGACUGUAUAUGUACACAUAAGUAUUUAUUAAUACUAUUCAUAAGUCUACCUCACUGGAAACCUUACUUGACACAGAUGAGACUGUAGUUAAUUGCCAAAUGCAGGCCUUUUUCUCUUUCAGAACUUGUGGCUUUCUUUGAUGUUACCAAAGUUAACUUAAGGAAAUCAGUGGAAGGUAAUCUGGGUUGUGCAAUUUGGGAACCCUGAUUACUCUUGCACUACUAGAUAGCAGCCUGGGAAUGGGAAAAUGUAAAUCAAAUUUGGGAUUUUAUUUUAUU